UGGCAGCACUCCACGCACAGCCGGUUGAAAUGGCAAUGCUGUCAAACUCAAAUCCAAAACAGCUGGUGAUAAUGAACUAUUUAAUUGUUUAAUCAACAACCGGCAAAAAUUAUACCGCGUUAUUUUAUUAAUUGUUUUUAUAUAAAAUAAUACUAGAAAAGUAUACAUAAGUGUGUAUCCAAGAUGAAAGACUUAAAGCUAAAGAUUAUGUACAAUAAUGUGAUAUCACAAGCAAUAUCGGAGUCUGGCCGUUUUUUGUUCGCCGGUAACCGCUUUGGAGAUAUUUUUGUGCAAGAUUUGCACGACCUAGAAAAGACUGAUGCACCGCGCUCUAAAGUGCUUGUCUUUUCGCAGCCCAGUCAAACAGAGAUUAACAGUCUAUGUUGUCACCGUGAUUUUCUUAUCGUGGGUGCCAUCGGUGUUGUGUACGGUCUAUCAUGGGACGAAGAAAAGCGCGAACUGAGCACAGCACGUAAAUGGGAAGUUAAAAUUCCGCUGGACGUGGAUGCAGUUGAGGUGCCCGACGUGAAUUUUCUAUGGCUACGCGCUGAAACCGAUACACUAUAUGCGGGUUGUGGCGAUAACAUAAUUUAUCAAAUCAAUUUGGAAGAUGGGAAAAUUGUGCGUGACUAUCGAGGACAUACUGACUAUAUACACGGUGUAGCAGGCAGUGAUAGAGGGCGCAUUUUUUCAGCAUCCGAGGAUGGUACGGUGCGCUUUUGGAGUGAACAACAGAAAGAGGCAACCGCAAAACUGGAACCCAGUGCAAAUGCACAGCUAAUGCGUCCGGAAUAUGGAAAGUGGAUAGGAGCAGUAGCUACUAAUGACGAUUGGCUGAUUUGUGGUGGUGGUCCAAAGUUUUCCAUUUGGCAUUUAGGCACUAUGGAGUGCAUGCGUGAUUUUGAGUUUCCAGGUAAAGUUCAUGUCUGCGAUUUCGUUGAGGAAAAUCUUUUUGUUGCCGGUGAGCACAGUCAUGCACAGUUUUAUGCAAUGAAUGGUGAUAUACAAGCGAAUAUACCGUUAGAGCAUACAGCAGCUUAUUCAGCUGUGUGGCAGUUGGAGCCCAUUAAAUUCAUGUCUAUUGCGGGCUAUAGCAAUAAGUUACAUAUUUUAAAUGAUUUUCGUUUCUUAGACAGUAAAAUUGAUUUAUAUGGGAAUACAGAGGAAUAAGAAAGAACUUUGUUUUGUACAAAACUAAAAUUUUAAAUGUUUAUUUUUUUAAAACGAUGGCAAGUUUACGAUAGACCUAUUAAUACAAUUAUCUUUUGUUAUAAACAUUAACUGAUACUCCUCUUUUCCAACAUUGUUGACAAAUUUGCAAUCACCGAAAGUUAAUUCGUCACUAAAAAAAAGAAAAGCAAAAUGUUUGCAAAAGUGUAAAAAUUCAAAAUAUUCUACCUUUACCUCUUUGCUACGAAGUUUUCCAACAUUCUAAUAAAUUUUUGAGAUAUUAUUUGUUCAUCGGCGCGUAUUUUGGUUCUCCCAGCUCUAUUGAAAAUCAAAAAGAAAUCGUCUCCAUGUACAGUACCUACGAAGUAAAAAGUUUUGAGUAUAAAUCAGUAAAGAUGUGGGUAUAAAAGCAUAAAUUAUUUUUACUUACCCAUUUUCACGUCCUUACGAUGUGCUAACGCUUCACCUAUACCCUCCUCUGCUGGAUUAUCAUAAACAUACGCAUAAAUUGGACUAUUUGCAUAUUGUCGCUGCAAACGAAUCGCUUGUUCCACACCAUUUCGGAACAGUACAUCCGUAUACAUGCGUAGCACAUUCGAAUAGGUGUCGAUAGAGAAUUCCUUUUCCCCGAGGUAGCGACGUUUCAAUGCUACCGAGUAGUCAUCCAUCUGUUCUACCGUACGCAUGGUGUCUUUAUAGAACAAAUUAUAUGGUGCCAAAUCAUACCAGCGAUCAUUAAAUACUUCAA